GUUGGCUUUGUGUCACAAUGUGAAUUCUUAUGCUUGUUUACUAAGGAAGUUGCAAAAAAAAAGCAACCGCGUAUCGCAAUCUUCUCUCCUAUAUUUACCUUUUUCAAACCACCUUCUAAUCAAUAUUUCCAGUGCUCCUGAAACACAAGAGUAUGAAUUGUUCAGCAGGUUAUGCAUUUUGCAUUUUCAAGGCUAAUACAAGGAAAAAUAGAUUUGCAACAUGUUUAAGAUCAACUAUACAACCACCAAAACCAACCUCUAAUUUAGAGUCUUUACCUGAUGAAAUUUUAGUUCAAAUUAUAGAUCACUUGAAUCAGUUUGAUAUUCUAAGCCUAUGUAUUGUAAACUCAAGAUUUUAUUCCUUAUGCAUGAACAAGUUAUUCAAGAGAGCUUUGCUUAUUGCUUGUCCGAGUCUAGACAAACCAAAAUUUCAUAGAAAAUUGAAUACAUUUAUACACACAAAUUUCACAAUUAUACAUCCAGAUAUAGAUUUGAAGUUCUUUAAUUCUCGUGUUAGGAAACAAUUUCAAGUAGUUGUGGAAGUAGGAUCUUUGCCUAAACAAAUAAAGGAUGCACAUUACAUGAAAAUCCAUCAACUUGAGGAACCCAAUUUGCUUUGCAUUUCAAAUUUGAAGUACAGAAUGUUACAGAUAGACAUCGAUAGCCAUAGGAAUAUCCAAGGCUAUAUCAAUGCUAUAAAUAGAAAUAGAAAUACCAUUUGUUUUUUUAAACAAUUGAAAUUCGGUUGUAGCGAAAACCUACCCAUUGAAAUUCUCGAGCAAUUACAAGGAAUAUUCAAUGGGGUGAAUUCUUUAUGGUUGGCAUACUUCAGGUUUCAUGAACAAGUCUUGUCUUUAUUCCAAUGUGAAAAUAUCAAAGAACUUCAGCUAAGUUUGGCUUUUGGUGAUGAUUAUAUACGUUUUCUUCCACUCAUAAUAAAGUCAAUGCCAAACUUGAAGACACUUGUCAUAAAUUUAGUGAAUAUUAAAUUUCCAAUAAAAGCUUUAGAGCAAUUAUCUAAGUGUUCCCUUCAAAAGUUUUGUCUAGAUGAUAGUGUAUUCGCUUCAUUAGAAAAAGUUAAACACAAUUGUAAUUUAAUCAAGACAGUGUUUAAUUAUUGCGGAUCUAGUCUUGAACUUGUCAAGAUAAACUUGAUAAUAUUUUCAGAACAUUCAACAACAUUAUCAACUAUUGAUUUGUUUUACAUCAGUGAGUAUUAUGAUCGCCACAACAGUAGAGAGAUGAAGCAAGAAAUUAAACAAGAAAUUAAAGAUUUAGUCCUCUGGAUAAAAAGAAAUAUAAGAUUUUACCCAAAGCUUCAAUAUUUUACAUUCUAUAAUUAUCUGUUUGUAAUAGACAGAUCAGUUGAACCAUGCCAGUGGAUUGAAAUUAGUCUGAAGGAGUUGUGA